AUGUAUUUUGGCCGGAUGCGUCAGGUCGUUCUCUACAUUCAAAUCGUCGUGUUUCAUAUCGAGGGCCGACAUACAUUCCAGGAGCCGGGCUUCGGUGCUGUCAUCACCAAGUUCGAAGCAAAAAGCUUCAGCAAGGACGGAAAGGCUUUCGAUGCAAUCGACCUCAGACAUCCGGUCAUUGAGCCUUCUGGGGCCUUCGUCAUGACCCGCAAAAUCACGAUGAAGGGACAGACGCUGGGCACGUGCGUUGACUGGGACACCCCGCAGCAAUGCCCAUGUGGAGAUCACGGAACAUGUGGUUCUGACAACCACUGCCAGGUAAAAACUUGGUGCCCCAGCUUGGGAGAUCACAACAUCGCGAAUCCUCCCGCCGGGGUGGUUGUUGAGGACAUGCUGGGUCUGGAGGAAGCGGUGCUCAUGAUCGUGGCGGGGAUUGGCUUUCCCAGUAUUGGUGCCAAAUUUCAUGUUGCCGGCUCUUCUCCAGAUUCCAGCGACCUUCACAAGCACAUCACGCUCCUUCAACUUCUCGAACUUGCGGACCCGCCACUGAAGCUGGAGGAUGUCGCAAACACCGGCUGCGUCAUUGCAGUGAACUUCUUUUGGAGCUGCGACUUCAGCUGGAGCAACAGCUGUGAGCCAAAGAUGAGUGUGAAGCGUGUUGAUGAUGGCACCGGCUUUGUGCAGAAGCGUAGCAAGAAGCGUACUGUGGGCGGUGUUGAAACCAGGGAUGCCGUUUACAUGUACGGCUUGCGUCUUAUUGUGGACUCUUCUGGAAUUGGCCGCCAGAUCAGCUUGGUGCCCAUCGUCAUCCAACUGGGUUCCUGUUUAGCCCUGGUGCAGAUUGCGUCAAUGGCUGCCGAUUUCUUGAUGGUACGAAUGUACGACAAGGAUCGCUGCGAGGCUUACUACCGCUGCAAGGUGGUGGAAACCAAGGACUACUCGGAGAUGCAGGAGCGGCUGCAUCUCGUCGGCGACCAGCGGAGUCGAGCACGACAAAUGGUGAGCGAAGGUAUCAUCAGAAGUGGCGGCACGGGUGCUGGAGUGUCACUGGGUCUCGGUGCCGGUGGACGAGGCAGCAUGUCCACAGUUCGCGGGCGAAACGUGGCACGAGUGAAGUUUCAUCGAGUUGAAUGUAACUUGCGUACUUCAAUAUACGUCAGUGCUGCUGCUGCGCUAAGGCUUUCAUGUGAAGGGCGUGAUCAUGUUGCGGUUCUUGCCUGGGAGGCAGCACUCCCUCGCAACAAUACGUACGUGCUGCGUGUGGAGGCUCUCAAUCCUCUGAUCAAUCCAGAAUUUAACGUGUGGACGCUGGAGGUCGAUGGUGUCUCAUCGGCGCAGGUGGCAGCCAGCCCUGUGCAGACAUUCGCGGAUGUGCAGAUCAUGCUGGCCUCCCCUUCCACUCGCUUGGGUGGAGCCGUUGGGAGCUCCCUGAGCAAUGCUAUUCGCAUCAUCUUCCGACCUUCGGUAGAUGCCGAAGCGAUUCGCAUUUCAGCACCGAUGGCAUAUAACUUCGGCUUCAGCACGCAGUGUGGUGGAAUUCGCUUUGUAGGACAGGACUCGGCACAGCCUGAUGCGACCUUUACACAAGCUCUGUCGCGGUGCACGGCUUCCAGUGACACCUUGGACAUCACGUUCAAGGUGCCCAAGGGUAUGCUCGCUGGAGCUCUAUAUACGCUCGAAGCCGAUGUCCUGACACCUCAAGAACUUCCUUCCACACCAACGCAGUUCCAGCUCUCGUCCACGCUGAUAGGUGGAGGACCUCUGAGACAAAAACGUCAGCCAAAGACAAUUUUCGCUUUUGGCGAGGCAUGGUGA